GUCUCCUAAGUUAGACAGUGUGUGACAGGGAUGAGGGGAUGAGCUUCAUUUCUGUGAAUGUGUCAGGAUUCUGAAAAUAGGCAGAGAGAGUGAUAGAGAUGAGAGUAUAUGUUAUGGUGGACUUGCUUGGUGCUGAUGCUUUGCACAGUGUCUAACUAAGGAUCCAGUCCUGCGUGUGGCUCCUCUGUUCCAUCACCUGUGUGUUUGUGUGUGUGUGUGUGUGUGUGUGUGUGUGUGUGUGUGUGUGUGUGUGUGUGUGUGAGUUGGUGAAGGUGUGCGCACAUCUGGAAACACAGGGAUCAUGAACUCAAAGGGGGCAAACCUGCACAACAAACGUCAGCCAUCUGAAACAGAGAACGCUCUGAGGCUUCCGGACAUGGACGCGGCCCAGCAGCUGAAGCUCAGAGAAAGACAGCGCUUCUUUGAGGAGGCGUUCCAGCACGACGUGGACGUUUACUUCUCCUCAGCGCACUUGCAGAUAGAUUACAAGAGGGCUCCCAUGAGCAGCAUCUCGUCCAUGGAGGUCAAUGUGGACAUGCUGGAGCAAAUGGACCUUUUGGACAUCUCGGAUCAGGACGCCCUGGAUGUCUUUCUCGCCUCGACUGAGGAAGAUGACGAAUGUUCGUGUCCACUAGAAGGUCUCGGAGGCAGUACCGACAUUGAUGCUGCGCUGAGGGAAGAAAUCUCCAUGAGAGUCCCAGACGCCUGUGAGCUCAAAUCACGGAUAUCCUCCACUUCCUCCACCGCCACCUCCGACAGCCAGGGGGAAGACGGCGCCGAAACCCCCGUGAUCCAGUCGGAUGAUGAAGACGUUCAUGACGACGACGGGCUUUUGAGAAAUGGUACACCUCCAGCUAACAGUGCAGGAGAAGAAUCUGAGCUGUCACUAUGAACAGCAUCACCAGUUACUACUGAUGAAUCCUUACCCCAAUAUUUGUGUGCUGUUAAAGACUUUCUCUGCCUGGUUCUACGUACCAAAAUCUUACAUGGAUUCUAGUACGCGCAUAUUUCUCCGUCUUGAAUGAAACUUUCUGUUCACCUGAACUGCUGCUGUAGAUGAUAGUGCUUCCAGACAUUUGUCCAUCUUGUAUUGCUUUUAAUGACUAUAUGAUGGAAGAGUAGCAAAAUCUCAUUUAUGAUUAAUGAUGCAGGUAUUAAAUAUGUACCUUAGUCCUCCGCCAUAUGAAAUGUGCAUUAAUAUACCACGCAUUACUGUC